AUGGAAAAGGAAGAGAAUUCUACCACUUUUAGAGGAAAUCCAACAGGAACAGGUGUCAAAGGAUCAGCAUUUACUCCGGAAAAGGCAAAUAAAAGUAAAAUGGCAUCAAAAACGAACAAGAAGUGGGUACGCCUUGCCACAGUGUUGGCCUACGUUCUUGCAGUUUCACUAGCCGCCAUUGUGUUGGCUAUAUACUACAGCUUCUUAUGGGCACCAGAGCUUAAGACUUCUACUACAGUUGCCCCAAUGCCUGGAACUGAAAACAUGACUUCCACUGCGGGAGGCGGCAGGUCAACAGUAGGCAGUACAACGACAGCAUGA